CCGGUGACAGCUGGGGAGGGACCCGGCGCCGGCAGCGAGGUGCGGCUGCCGGGCGGUGCUUCGCCACCGCUCUGUCCGCAUCGCAGCAGCGGAUCUCCCGGGGAAGGAGCGGGCAGGGGCUUGGCCGAGCCCUGCCGCCGUCGCCGGCCGCGGAGUGGGGUGCUGGCUGGCUGAUAUUUACAUAAUAUCUCUGCUUAAAUGUGACCUCGUCCCUAAUUGGAGGCUUCCUUUCCAUUUUCUAUGGCAACACUACAGAACAGAUCACUCCGGGGGGCUGGAUCAGAGGAGUAUCUGCACACACUGUAAUUUUUCUGUCUUGGUUCCCCAUCAAGACUGGUUCUUUCUAGUGAAUGGAUGAUGUCACUAAUAUUGCUCAGGAAGCCCUCCUUGCUGAUGAAAAGGAGAACAUUCCAGCAGGACUAGGAGCUGUGGUGUGGAAAGUCCCAGAACAAACAUAGCUUGUGACUUAGCUACCAGUGCUGCUCAGUCUUCACGUUUUUCAGUCAAAAUCAAACACAACUGCCUCAGAAACCUGUGGACAAGAGAAAGACCAUGAGAGACUGCUCCCACGAUGGCAGAGAUUUGUAUGGAAGGUUUUGUUGACCACUUCAUGACUCUUAAAUGUUAAAAGCAGAAGGCACUAGCUGGUAGCUCAGUGUGGAGCAAACAUUUUAUUUUAAACUUCAAAAACAAUUAUGUCAAAGAAAAGUCGUGCCAAGGGAGAGAAGCCCGACAUGGAGACUGAAGCCCUGCAAGCUGCUAAUGAGGAGCUGCGAACUAAACUAACCAACAUCCAGAUAGAAUUUCAACAAGAAAAAACCAAGGUGGGUAAACUGAGAGAAAAAAUCCAAGAGGUGAAGCAAGAAAGGGAGCAGGAGCAGCAUAAACACACUGCCUAUGUUUCUGAACUGAAAGCCAAACUCCAUGAGGAGAAAAUGAAGGAACUUCAGAGUGUCAGAGAGCUACUGAUCCGGCAGCAUGAACAGGAGGUGGCAAGAAUGGUGAAAAUCAAAGAUGGUGAAAUUCAGCGUUUGCAGUCAACCGUCAACGUCCUGCGGGACGGGGCAGCUGACAAAGUGAAGACGGCGCUGCUGAGCGAGGCCAAGGAGGAGGCGCGCAAGGCGUUCGACGGCGAGCGAAUGAAGCUGCAACAGGAGAUCUUGGAGCUGAAAUCUGGCAAAAAGCAGCUUGAAGAAGCUCUGAAUAACAUCAUGCAGGCAGAUAAAAUGAAGGCUGCGGACCUGCGCACGGCUUACCAGUCCCACCAGGAUGAGAUCAACAGAAUAAAGCGGGAAUGUGAGAGGGAGAUCCGCAGGCUGAUGGAUGAGAUAAAAGGCAAAGAUAGGGUGAUUCUGGCUCUGGAGAAGGACCUUGGUGUCCAGGCAGGCCAUACACAGAAACUGCUCCUUCAGAAAGAAGCUUUGGAUGAGCAGCUUGUCCAAGUGAAGGAGGCAGAGCGAUACCACAGCAGCCCUAAGAGGGAGCUUCCUGCGGGAGUAGGAGAUAUCAGCGAACUGAUGGGAAGUCCGGAGCAACAUCUGGAUGAACGAGAUGUGCGGAGAUUUCAGUUAAAAAUUGCUGAACUGAAUGCUGUAAUAAGAAAGCUGGAAGACAGAAAUACUCUCCUAGCAGAUGAAAGAAAUGAACUGCUGAAACGUUCUCGGGAGACAGAAAGUCAACUGAAGCCUUUGGUAGAAAAAAAUAAGAGGAUGAGCAAAAAAAAUGAUGAUAUGUUACAAUGUAUUCAGAGAAUGGAAGAGAAAAUAAAAAAUUUAUCAAGGGAAAAUGUGGAACUGAAAGAAAAGUUAUCUGCACAACCGGCGCUGAAGAGGCACACAUCUCUGAAUGAUCUCAGCAGCACACGAGAGGAACAAGAAAUUGAAUUCCUUAGACUGCAAGUCAAAGAACAACAGCAUGUUAUUGAUGAUCUCACAGUGGAAAGAGAACGGUUAUUGCGGUCUAAAAAACAGAGGAGGAAAAGUCUGAAGCCUCCAAAGAGGCAUGUUGUGGAGACAUUUUUUGGAUUUGAUGAAGAAUCUGUUGAUUCGGAAACUUCAUCUGUAACUUCAUACAACACAGAUAAAACAGACAGGACACCAGCAACACCAGAAGAAGAUUUGGAAGAUAGCACGCCUAAAGAAGAAGCUGAACUCAGGUUUUGCCAGCUAACAAGAGAGUAUCAAGCAUUGCAAAGAGCAUAUGCAUUGCUCCAAGAACAAGUUGGUGGAACCCUGGAUGCAGAGAGAGAAGCAAGGACUCGUGAACAACUACAAGCUGAUCUUCUCAGGUGCCAGGCAAAAAUUGAGGACCUGGAGAAAGCUCUAAUGGAGAAAGGACAGGAUUCAAAGUGGGUAGAAGAAAAGCAGCUGUUAAUCAGAACAAAUCAGGAGUUGCUAGAGAAGAUUUACAGAAUGGAACAAGAAGAGCAUCAGCUGAAGAAUGAGAUGCAAGAUGCAAAAGACCAGAAUGAGCUGUUAGAAUUCAGAGUGCUAGAGCUUGAAGAGAGAGAGCGAAGGUCACCAGCCUUUAAUCUUCAUAUAACUACCUUCCCUGAAAACAAUGGAAGUGCACUUCAACUGUUCUGCCAUCAGGAAGGAAUAAAGGACGUGAAUAUAUCUGAACUUAUGAAGAAGCUAGAUAUUCUUGGAGAUAAUGGGAAUUUGAGAAAUGAAGAGCAGGUUGCAAUAAUCCAAGCUGGCACUGUGCUUUCCCUCUGUGAAAAGUGGUUGAAACAGAUAGAGGGGACAGAAGCUGCACUGACACAGAAGAUGUUAGACCUAGAAAAUGAGAAGGACCUGUUCAGUAAACAGAAGGGUUAUUUAGAGGAAGAACUCGACUACAGGAAGCAAGCUCUGGACCAGGCAUACAUGAAAAUCCAGGAGCUGGAAGCCACGCUGUACAAUGCCCUGCAGCAGGAGCCGGGCCGGCGGGCGAGCGAGUCGCUGACGGAGGCGCAGCGGGAGGAUCUGCGGGCGGCGGUGGAGAAGGUGCGGCGGCAGAUCCUGAGGCAGAGCCGCGAGUUUGACAGCCAGAUCCUGCACGAGCGGAUGGAGCUGCUGCAGCAGGCCCAGCAGAGAAUUCGAGAUCUAGAAGAUAAAAUAGAACUUCAAAAGAGGCAACUCAAAGAAAUUGAGGAAAAGCAUUCAUUCUGUGGCCUUGAUGACACAACUGAGCCGAGACGUGUGGCUUUUAAAAGAACCUAUGGAGUGAAAAGCUGAGUCCACGUGCAAAAAUACAGAAAAUGUUUAUUAAGCAGCUUUAAAUUGGUGCAU